AUGAUGUGCACGCCGAACCACAUCUAUGUACCUGUUGCGUAUCUGGGCGUCACGGGUUCGGGCUACAUCUUUAGCGGUGCCAAUCCCAUCUUUACGGUUCAAGAGUUGAGCUAUCAGCUCUCAAACACCGAGGCAAAGGCCGUCCUCGCCCAUCCCAGCGUCCUGGCCAAGGUCAUCGAGGCCGCCGCAAAAGUCGGCAUCCCCAAGAACCGCAUCUUCCAGUUCUCCGACGAGGAAAACCCCGUCCAGGAUGGCAUCGCCGACUGGAGAUCCAUGAUCGCCUCCCACCAGGACGCCUUCAAAUGGGAGUGGCCCGAGUUCAGCCCGGCCGAGGCUCGAUCCACCAUUGCCACCAUCAACUUCAGCUCCGGCACAACAGGUCUCCCAAAGGGCGUCUGCAUCCCUCACUCGAGCAUCAUUGCAAACGUCGAGCAGGCCAACCACCUCCGCCAUGUCCACCGCCGGCCCGAGUGGGAUUCUUUGCCGCGCAACCGCUGGGUCGGCGUGCUGCCGCUGUAUCACGCCUACGGCCAGAUCUCUGCCUGUCUGCUGGCCGGCAAGACGCUGACGCCCGUCUACAUCAUGUCCAAGUUCCAGUACGAAGACUUCCUGGCCACCAUCCAGCGCUACAAGAUCACCCAGCUGCAGAUUGCGCCGCCCAUCGUCGUCAUGCUUGUGAAGCGGCCCGAAACCGCGCGCUACGACCUCUCGAGCGUGCGCCACGUCGGCUGCGGUGCGGCGCCUCUGUCAAGAGAGCUGCAGCUACAGUGCCAGGAAAAGUUCGGCUUCCGCAUCACGCAGGGCUACGGCAUGACGGAGCUGACUUGCAGCGGCAUCAGCUUUGCCGAGGGCCUGGAGGGCGACAACUUAGGGGUUGUGGGCAGGCUGCUUCCGAACUGCGAGUGCAAGCUGCUCGACGACGACGGCAAGGAGGUUGGCGUUGGAUCGCCUGGCGAGCUCUUCAUCAGAGGACCUAACGUGUGCUUGGGAUACUGGAGGAACGAGGAGGCAACGCGAGAGUCUCUGGACAAGGACGGCUGGUUCAGGACUGGCGAUAUCGCCGUUUGCAACAGUGAGGGCAUGUUUUCCAUUGAGCUCAUCAAAGUCAACGGCUUGCAAGUCGCCCCAGCUGAACUGGAAGCAGUGCUUCUAGAAAACGAGCACGUCGCCGACGCAGCAGUCGUAGAAAUCAAAUUCGGCGAAGACGAAUGGCCACGCGCAUACGUCGUGAUCCAGCCAUCCUCAAAGGGCAAAGUAACGCCCAAGGACAUUCAGGAAUGGACUGCUACGCGCGUCGCCAAGCACAAGUGGCUGGUUGGCGGUGUCACCUUCAUCGACGAGGUGCCCAAGCUGGCCAGCGGCAAGAUUAUCCGCAAGCAGAUGAAGCAGUGGUCCAAGAGAGAUGCCGAGGAGAUGCUGAAGAAUGGGACGGCACCUGUGCGAGCAAAGCUAUAG